AUGAAUGCAAUUAGAAGGAGUAUAGUACACUUUCGUAAAGAUAAUGCUAAAUGGAGAUGGAGACAAGGAGAUUGGAUAGCUCAUUUAUCAGGUUUAACUCCCAUGGCUCCUGCUAUGAGGCAAAAAUAUAUAAAAGAAAUUUGUAAUUUAACUCCAGUACAUGUAUGCCCAUUUAAUAUAACUUUAAAUGCUACAGAAUUAAUUAUUGAAGAAAAUAAGCUAUCAUUAUUGCGUUAUAAAAAAGAAUUGCGUGAGAAAAGCAAAAUUGUACCCAAAAAGUGA